AUGUCCAAUUCAUCGUCAUCUUCUACUACAAAUAACCCUCCAACUAGUCAGACAACACAGGAUAAUUCCUCCGAUGCUCAAACAACUAUUUCAUCAUCUCUAGAUUCCACAAAAUCACCAACUAAUAAUAGUAUUCCUACACCUACAGCAACUACUCUCCCAUCUGAUGGACUAAGAGAAGACUUGAUUAAACAGGCCGUCUCUUUUCUUUCUUCAGCUAAUGUACGAUCAGCCGAUAAAGAGAAAAAGAUGGCCUUUUUACAAAAAAAGGGUUUGAAUCAAGCCGAGAUUGAUGAAGCAUUUAAAAGAGUAGGUGAUCAGUCUAUUGCUAAUAUAUCUACUAUAAAUACUAUUGCACCAGCCAUUCCGUUGAGAAAUUAUACACCAUCGCUUAUUCCUACUACUCAAAUUUUAUAUUAUCCUCAACCACCACAACCUUCACUACCCGCUGAAAAAGUAUUUGCAUUGUCAGUUAUUUUAGGUAUGGGCGCUGUAGGGUUAACAGCAAGUAUGAUAGGCCUUUUAAAGGUAAACUUUAGUAUACACAUACACUAA